AUGCCGUCCAUAGAAAAACUACUGCAUUUCUUGUCAAGUGCUUUUAUAAGUGCAGCCGGUGUGGCUGUUUUGGCUUACGGGAUGUCUACAUAUUGGGCUGAAUCCACCCUCCGCUGCUCACCCACCAACACUGAUUUUUUCAAUGGGACUGCCAAGCUCAAAAUCACUCUUUUUAAUGGCACUGAGGAAAAGAUUUCCUGCCCAAGGUUUGAUAAACUUGGAGAAUCUGUAGAAGUGUUUAAUCGUCUAAAAACACAUGGUGAAGCCCCAGUGAUCCUGCACUGUCUGGUAGUUGCCCUGUUGGCUGUGGCUCUUUUGGGAUCUGCAGGCAGUAUUCUGAUCACACUGUAUAACAGCUUCAGUAACCCGUAUGAGACCUAUAUGGGACCAGUAGGGCUUUAUGCAUGCAGUGGACUCAGUGCAUGUGUGGCAACCCUUGCGCUGAUCCUGUACGUGCUGAACGUGUACCCACUUCAGAUGAUCCAGGCGCUCGUGCUUGCCAAAGAGAAAGACGUGAAGUUGCAGAAUGAGGAGACCAACCUGCAUGUGGGAUUCUUCCUUCUGAUACCGUACAUCUGCGCCAACCUGAUCGCCAUCCUGGUGGUUUUUGUGUACGUCCACACCGCACACACUCGACGCAAAGAGCAGGAGAAACCCACGGAGGACGCACCGCAAGAUAUCAUGAUGUUCUAA